AUGCCUGGAGUUUGUCCGCGCUGUAAUCGCGAGGUUUACUUCGCAGAAGAAAAAUUAGCCCUUGAAAAAGUUUGGCAUACUUUUUGUUUUUCUUGCCGUAAUUGUCGGAAACUACUGAAUAGCUGCAACGUGGUGACGUAUCUUGGUGAAUUAUUUUGCAAGAAUUGUUAUAUUCGCCAGUCUUAUUCGACCAAUAACCAUGAAAUUAAAUCGAAAGCUCGUCCCCCUGCAAACCUAGCUCAAAAUUUAUUGAACUGUUAUUCUUGCGGAUUGGAGAGCUCAGUCGGUAAUACAUUGCAAAAUAGAAAACGAUAUUACCAAUCUGACGCGUGCAGACUUCGUGGGGGAGGUAGCGAGAUCGGAGAAACGAAUGUUUAUUUUGACGAAGAGAAAAAGCAUCUUUUAGAAAACGACUGUGUAAAUCUGGGUACUACAAAUUCGAUGUCAACGCUUUGCGAUCCUCCUCCUAGUCCUACUGCAGUAACUACAUGCUCGACUUUUGAGCCGCAGAAGAACAUCGUUAUCGCGAAGGAUUGUCGAUUUGAUGCACAACAAGACACCGAUAUAUCUGACCUAAACUUACCAUACAGUAAUAAUGAUAUCGACAUCACAGAGGCCCAGCUAAGCACAGACAAAACUCGAGUGCCGUUCACCGACUGGAAUAAUAAAAUUAACGAAUCCGACCCCGUACGCGAAUUUAGCGCCGAUAACGACACUAUUCCGUCAAGACGAAAAUUUGCGUAUCCGCCGGUACCACCGCCUCGGAAUCCGCUGCCUUCCCGACGACGAGUCUCGUUCUGCGACGUCGUCAUCGGGGAUACACGCGGAGGGAACAGUCAGAAUCGUAUGACGAAACUGCUGGACGCUCGCCAUAGGCCCUGCUGUGAUAACGAUAGUAACGGCGAACGUCAUUGUAGUUCGUACGACAUCUGGCGAGCGGACGAUUCGGUCGGUAAACAUGACGGCGGAUACGAAAAUCUUAACGUAAGUGAAACCGAGGAGAAUGGACGAAUGCAUUUUGAAAAAAGCGCCUCGGAGUGUUGCAACGACGGGGACGAGACGUUGAACAACAAAUGCAAUGACAUCGAGCAGAAUACGGGACAGAGUCGGACCAUGAACGAAAAGGACGACGAUUCCUCGAGAGAAGACUCGAUCGCGUAUCAAAACGGUCCGGGAUCAUCGAAUGGGCUCGACGAGAAUGAACGUAUGAGAGGCGGUUGCGGUGGACCGUGUACACCGUGCGGUCCUCGGCCCAAAGUUUCCUGCGGAGUGGUCAAAGUGAUAGAACCUAUCUGCUGUUGCGGAAAACAACCAGAACCAUGUCGCGUCGUCCCCUCAUGUUCGAGUUGUCUAUCACCGUGUAACGAUCGACGUGGUUGCUGUCCACCAGCGAACGAACGGCCAAUUUGCAAGAAAACGAUCAUCAGAUGUCGUCCAACGUGCACCGAGUCGCCCGCUUGCGGAGGCGGUGGAUGCUGCGGUGGCGGAUGCCGCGGUGGUUGCGGAAAACCCGGGCAAACGUGUUUACCGGCAAAAUCUUGCUCGAAUCCGUGUCGACCGUGUUCACCGCGUUCACCACCACGAGCUUGCCCCCCGCCGCCAUCUUGCUCUUGCAACAGAAGAUGCACUCCCUGUUGUCCUAGUAGCGGCGGUGGCACGAGCUGCUGUUGUCGAUCGAAAAGCCCAGUAUGCCGAGUGAGUCGAAGGAGAUGCAGUACUGACAGAGCAGACUGUAACGAGGGCGGAUGUUGCCGACCGAAAGUCACCUGCGAGUGUCUGGGAGGUGGACUUGAUUGCCAGCGCUGUGGACGGAAAGUGUACCAGGCCGAAAUGCAGAUGGUGUCUGGCAUACCCUUUCACAAUAUAUGCUUCAGCUGCUAUUGCUGCCGAAAACCCUUGGAACCGUUAACGUAUCAGGAAAAUUGUGGAGAAAUAUACUGUAAACAAUGUUAUGUUCGAAAUUUUGGACCUCAAGGAUACGGGUAUGGCGUAGGACCAGGAGCGUUACAGACUCCGAUGUGA